AUGGACAGGUCUGGCACCAUGAACUCCAAUGAAAUGCAGCUGGCUCUGGAUGCGGCAGGGUUCCACUUAAACAACCAGACCACCAUGGCCCUUGUGCAAAAAUAUGGCAACCCCUGGUUUCAGACAGACUUCGAUGAUUUUGUUUCCCUCCUGGUGCAUCUGGCAGCCAUCUUCCAGCGGUGCAAAGACCAAGAUUCGAAUGGCGAUGGAGUGAUUUAUAUGACUCAGGAGGAGUGGAUGGAACUCGUCACCUCCCCCAAUUCAGAAGAGGCGACCUAGUCUACGAACAACCAAUACACUAUCCAGGAGGCUUAACUGAUGUGAAAAUACCUGAAACCAGAAAUCCCAGA